CUCUCCUCCUCCUCCUCCUCUUUUCUAUAUCUUAUAGUCCCCAUCUGGACAGUCUGAAGAGAAACCUUCCAGCGGGCUCCCUAUUCAACAGAGAAAAAGUUAGACACACACACAAAGGCAUUUAUUUAUUCCGUUUCAAAAUGACCUGCAGCAGGAGAAGCAGAAAGAAGUAACCAUCAAGCUGCCUGUAUUUUAUUCCUUUUCCACUUUUUAUUACAUCACAAGGGGAGCCAGGCGCUUGUGGUUGUCAGCCUUCGAAACAGCCUUGAAAGGGGAUCUGGGGCUCCCCAGCAGAAGCUGUUGACAGCACCAGAGUGGUUGGCGGUUGGGGAUAUUCUUUGACUCAAGGAUGCAGUUCCUGUUCAACAGACCUCAUUGGGAUUGUUCGGCAAGCGACAAAACAUUUGCAGAGAAGGCAGCUGUCACCUUGUGCGGGAUCCUAGCAGAGUAGAAGAGACAGAAGCAUCUUUCCUGGGGAGGGGGCGCCUCUAAAGAUUCCUCCUUUCCUGGAGUGAUGAUUUCCAAGUUCACCAUGAUGCUGUUUCUGGUGAUCCUCCAGAUGGUUACAAAGGCUUUUCCGGCUGACUCUCAUCCAGAUCAUGGCGGCUGUUCUUCCGGAAUGUUCCCAUGCGAAAACAUGACCGUUUGCUUACCUCAACUUCUCCAUUGCAAUGGGGUGAUCAACUGCGACGACGGAGCCGACGAAGAGAACUGUGUGAAUGAUGUUGGGUGGCCCAAGAUUUUCAAUGAACUUCUCAGCAACAACGGCAGCAGCAGCAGCAGGACAAGUGAUGGAUCGAGAGUGGCCAACUGCACCCUAAAUCAGUACCCAGUCGGAUGCGGGUGUUCGGGGACCGCCGUGAACUGUCAGGAUCAGGGCCUGCGUGCCGUACCCCAGGUCUCACCCAGCGUGACAGAGCUAGAUCUGAAGAAUAAUGAGAUCGUUUCCCUGCUGGACUUUCAGUUCAUUGCCUAUGAGCAACUGGAGUUACUCUUCCUACAAGAUAACAGGAUCCAGUCAAUAUCCGCCUCUGCAUUUGCUGGACUUGUGAAGCUCAAGAAGCUGUAUCUCAAUUCCAACAACAUCACUCAUCUGAAGCCUCGCAUCUUCCACAACUUGCUUCGUCUCAAAUGGCUAAUCCUGGAGAACAACAACAUAACUGAAAUCCUCGCAACUGCUUUUGAGGGGCUGAAAUCGCUUCUAUUUCUGGACCUGCACAACAACCUCCUGAGAGGCCUCCCCAACACGUCAAUCUGUUCAGAAAUGCCGAAGCUGAACUGGCUGGAUCUUGAGGGGAACCAACUUCACACUCUGCAAAGUUCCAGCUUCCGAGGAUGCAAUGAGGUCACUGUUCUAGUGCUGAACAGGAAUAAGAUUGAGUGGAUCCAGGCAGGGACUUUUUUCGACCUCAACAGCCUGGUGGAACUUGACUUGUCCUGCAACAGGCUGAAGGAUCUCCUGCCAUCGUCUUUCAAGGGUUUGCAUGAAUUGCAGCAGCUGAAUAUUUCAAAUAACCCUCUGCACCAGAUCUAUCCAGAUGAAUUUGACGAUGUCCCUCUCCUGCGCUCUCUGAGCUUGGAAGGACUGGAGAUCCCCAACAUUCACAGCCGCAUGUUUGAGAAGCUCACCAAUCUGCAUCACAUCUACUUCAAGAAGUUCCAGUAUUGCAGUUUUGCACCCCACGUCCGCAGCUGCAAGCCCAACACGGACGGCAUCUCCUCCUUUGAGAACCUCCUGGCCAGCGGCGUCCUCCGAGUCUUCGUCUGGGUCGUCGCCUUCAUCACCUGCUUGGGGAACCUCUUCGUCAUCCUCACCAGGUCCUUCAUCACCACGGAAAACAGCAACCACACCUUGGCCAUCAAAUCUCUCUGCUGUGCCGACUGCCUGAUGGGCAUCUACCUCUUCUUCCUCGGAGCUUUUGACCUCAGGUUCUCCGGAGAGUACAACCAGCACGCCCAAGCCUGGAUGGCGAGCACAGCGUGCCAGCUGGUGGGCAGCCUGGCCAUGCUCUCCUCCGAAGUCUCGGUGUUCCAGCUGACCUACAUGACCCUGGAGAAAUCCUUCUCCGUCGUCUUCCCCUUCAGCCACCACAGGGCCAGCAAGAAGUGGACUCUCUCCACCCUGGCGGUCAUCUGGCUCCUGGGCUUCUCCCUGACUCUGGUGCCCUUUUUGUGCACGGAGUCCUUCGGGACGUAUUACGGGAGGAACGGCGUGUGCUUUCCGCUCCAGUCCGACGGGAAAGAGCACCACGGGGCUCGGGUUUAUUCCACAGGGAUAUUCCUGGGUCUGAACCUGGUUGCCUUUGCCAUCAUUGUGCUGGCCUACGCGAGCAUGUUCUACUCCAUCCACACCACAGCAGCCAGGACAGGCGAGCGCAGCGCUGUCUCUGUGGAGGUGGCCCUAGCCAAGAGAUUCUUCUUCAUCGUUUUCACCAAUGCUCUUUGCUGGAUCCCCAUCUUCCUCCUCAAGCUGCUUUCGUUGUUGGACCUGGACAUUCCAGGCACUGUGACCUCUUGGGUGGUCAUCUUCAUCCUCCCCAUCAACAGCGCUCUGAACCCGAUCCUCUACACCAUCACCACCACCUCCUUCCAGGAGAAGCUCAAGCAGUGUCUUCAGAAGAACAAGCCAUCUCUGCAGGACACGCAAGGGAAGAGCUUUGUCUUGUUAACCGUCCACAGCAGCACCUGACAUUUAGGCCUUGGGGGGUGCUUAAAAGAUGUACAAGGACACUUGAGCAGGCUCCCCGUUUGUCCAAAGUGGCAGCGACUAGAAACUUUGACUGCAAGCAAAAGGGUCCACAUUCAUGCUCUCUUGCACCCCCUUCUUUUUUGCCCUAGAACAAUUUGGAGGCUUUCCUUGAUUUUGCCAGGGGGUUUGCAGUCAAGAUUGCCAGUGGUGAUAUGCAGAAGAAAGUGCUCCAGGAGUCAGAUGAAUGGGACAGCAUCUGCCCAGUUUCUUGAAGAGAUCAGAUUCUGUGCGGAUUCCUUUGCCCUCCAGAGUGGAAAGCACAUUCGUCAUAUGACAAAAUGGUGGUGGGUGGACUCUCCUCCGUUG